GGUUUCCAUGGUUACCACAUCUAGUCAGCAGCCUCUCUUCCCACAUUGUCUACUACACAACAGCUGAGGGAAACAAAAGUGGGUGUUCCCUAGACCUGGGUCAAGAGACAAGGCCUCAUAGUUGCUGGCUGUGGUACCUGCGCAAGCUUGUCUUUUGAAUGCACCGCCUGGAUUUGGAAAAGCAUUUUUCUGUAUUUAGGAAACAAUAGAACAGAAAAAGAGGCAAUAUGAUGCUGAGACCACUGAAAAAGCAAGUGCUUAGGAAUGAGCAAGCAGAUGAGGCAACUUAUUUAGCCCAUCUAGCUGCGCAGAGAAACGCAAGUGCCUUCUUUGAGAAGUACGAGCGAAGCGAGCUUCAGGAACUACUGACCACUUCGUUUUGUAGCUGGCUGGCAACCAAAGAUAACUUGCGCCAAACGUUGGACCUCCCCACUGGGCUGCUGAGACAAAUGAAAAGCAUAAAUGUCCCAACGGCUAUUUUUCUAACACCCGUGGAGCCUGACUUAGAGUUGGACUGCAGAGAAAUCCAUCAGAUCAUCAGAGAGUUGUCUGUUGGGAUUUACUGUCUGAACCAAAUUCCGUCCAUCAGUUUGGAUGCUAAUUACGACCAAAGUACUUCUUGCUCCCUCCCUCCAGCAUACUUUGACACGCGAAUCGGACAAAUGUUGAUCGCCGUGGAUUACAUGCUGAAAGCCUUGUGGCAUGGCGCAUACAUGCCCAAAGAAAAACGUGUCAGAUUCUCUGAACUGUGGCGUUCUAGCAUGGAUAUUGACGCAGACGGCAUCCCUCAAACAGAAAGAACUGCCUGUGCAGAGUUCUGUCAAGCUGGUCUAAUGGAUAUUUCAAAAGAACCAGAUUUCCAAGGAAUCUAUGAGGAAAACCUGAAUGAAGAUCCAACGUAUGACCCUAACAGUCCAGAGGAAAAAGCAUUCUUUAUGCAGUUUGCAGACUACAUAUUUCUUAAGUUGACUUUUGCCACCACAGAGGUUCAGCAGUAUGAAAAUGUGUUCAAGUUUGAUGCAGCAUACAACCUUUGUAAUGCGAUAAGGAUGACUGAGGACAGCCUCAGUAUGCAUGGAUACCAGAGGCUGCAGCAGAGGCUAGCUCUUCAACAAAAACUUGUGAAGAAAUACCUAGAAAAAAAGGUCGAGAUCCGGAAAAACAUAGCAUAUCUAAAGCUAAUGAGUUUUCUUAUUCCAUUUAUUAUCAAUUUAAAAAGGAAAAAUAAAAUCCCGAAUUUAAGUCGGCUUCUUCAGCCAUAUUCAGAUGACAAAGUCAAAACGGAACGUGAGCUGCCUCCAAUUUUGCUCGGACCAGAUUUUAAGUGCCAGCAUUUUGUAUACACCCAGAAUCAGUAUUUCCAUCUCCAUGGUGGCAUUGAAUAUGAUGUUGGUACUCCUUCAGUUGAAGACCUUUCAGAUGAGAUUAAGGCUGCCUAUGACGAAAUGCAUACAUGUGCAGCAAAUCACCUCGCUCAACUGUUGGACCCAGAUGCACCCUAUAGAGAACAUUACCCCAUACCAAUAAUGGAUUUUCAAGGCAAGAGCUAUUAUGUAAUCGGGAUCGAACUUGAACCAUUUUAUCUGCUUUUUAAGAGCCAGUGGUGGGGAGCCAUAAACGAAGUAGUAAGCACACUUAAACCCAAAAGGCUCCCAUUAACUGAUAUUCAAGCAAUGGACCAAUUCAAGAAAAGAUUUGGCUAUAAGAAGGCUAUUAAAUGCAAGAGCCUGCCAUUUGGCAUGAGGGCUGCUGCUGAAAGAGGGUUGGCUGCCAUCUUCCUCACCUUCUGCCGCAAGACAUCCCUCUCCAGCCUUGCUCUUUCAGACGAUCAUGGCUACGGUCUUAUCCACUAUGCUGCUAUCUACAACCGUGUGUCAAUCAUAUGUCAGCUGAUUAAAUCAUAUCUGACAAUCAACCAGAGGCGCAGCAUCCCAGUUAGCCAAGGGAAACGUCCCCAGAAAUCUGAUCCAAAGGGAACAACCAGCUUCCAAGAUAAGGAUAUUGCAGGAGAGAAAAGUGGUUUUGGUCCCACUGCUUUGCACCUAUCGGCUCAGUGCUCCUCCGUUGAAGCCCUCCAUUUCCUCCUGGCCUUAAAAGCAGAUUACGAAAUACCCGAUGAACAUGGGUGGCUGCCUAUACAUUACGCUGCCUUCUAUGACAAUGUUACCUGCUUCACAAUUCUCUACCGAAAACACCCAGCUUCGUUAGAGUCUGAAACACGAAAUGAAAAAUGCUCCACCCCACUUUUGCUUGCGGCUACAUCUGGGGCAUUAGAUACGAUCCAGUAUUUGUUUUCUCUCAAAGCCAACUGGCUGAAAAAGGACAGCGAAGGAAAUAAUAUCAUUCAUUUGGCGGUGCUGAACUUUCACACGGAGGUUCUGAAGCAUCUGGUUGAGCUGCACAACCCUGAUCUUCCGGUUUGGAAAACUCUUGUUGGUAUGCUGGAUUGCAAAGAGCAGAAAAGGAAAGAAAUGGCCAUACGGUGUUUGGAAGUCCUUUGUCUCGCCAAAGAUAAUUACUGGAAGUGCAUUUUGGAUGCAGGUACCAUACCCUCGUUAAUCAACUUGUUAAAAAGUGGCAUCAUCUACCUGGAGUGCAUCACCGUGGGAGUUCUGAGUAACAUCUCAAUCCACAAGUCCAUCGCCAAAGCUUUUGUAGAAGCAGGAGGCAUCACAGUAUUAAUUAAGCUACUGGCAACUCAUGAACCUGAAUUGCUUUCCCGUUGUGCUGUCCUUUUAUAUGAUAUUGCCCAGUUGGAUAACAAUCAGGUCAUAAUUGCUGAACAGGGCGGAAUUCCUGCGCUUGUCAAUCUGUUGCAGUACAACAUAGAAGACCUGCUUGUGAACGUAAUAAAUUGCAUUCGAGUAAUGUGCAUUAACAACCAUGAGAACCAGUUGAAAGUGAAAGAUGCCAGGGGCAUCGAGCCACUUGUCAACUUCUUGCAGUCAGAUUCAGAUGUGCUGCUGGCUGUGGCUUCGGCAGCGAUUGCAGAACUUGCUCGAGGGAAUUUUAGAAUGCAGAACGCCAUUGCUGAUGCGCAAGUCAUUGCCCCUCUAGUUGAACUUCUCAGAGGAAGGAAAAUCAGUGUCCAAGUGAAAGGAGCAAUGGCGAUUGAGGCACUCGCUGAAAGGAACACUAACAUCCAGAUGAGAUUUCUAUCCAAGUCUGUGACCAAAUUCCUUUUAAAGCUCCUGAAGGCUUUUCACCUGAAAGUUAAAGAACAAGGUGCUGCCACACUUUGGGCCCUGGCAGGGCAAACCUUGAAGCAGCAGAAAUACAUGGCAGAACAGAUUGGAUACAACCUUAUUAUCGAUAUGCUGCUAUCACCCUCUGAUAAAAUGCAGUGUGUUGGAGGUGAAGCCGUCAUAGCUCUUAGCAAGGAGAGCGAAAUUCACCAGAACCAGAUCUGCGAAGGGAACGGAAUUUCCCCUUUGGUUCGGCUGCUAAGGAGUGGAAGGAUAGCAGAGGGCACACUGCUCAGUGUCAUCAGAGCCUUGGGGACCAUUUGUAUUGGUGAAGCCAACAUAAACAAUCCAGUCAGUCAAGACAACGUAGUAGAUGAAGGAGCCUUGCCAAUAUUGGUCCACUUACUGAAACAUCAUAGUUCUCUUCACAUAAAGGUUGAAGUUGCAUAUUCUUUGGCUUGCAUUGUUCUAAAGAACGAUAACCUGCAGAGUGUGUUGCGAGAGAAGGAAGGCUUUAGUUAUUCUGAUGUCCUUGGGCUCCUUUACGCACCAGAGAAGGAUAUCUGUUUGCGAGCAGGAAAUGCUAUCGCCCUUUUUGCAUAUAAUAAUCCCAGCCAGCAGUUAUUGAUUUUAGAGAGCGGACCAAUAUCUGUGUCUAUAUUUGAACCUUUCCUGGAAUCGGAAGUAGAGACAGACAGAGCAAUGGCUGCCUUUCAGAUAGUUAUACUAGCCAGAAUUAUAGUUGAUAAGGAUAAAGUCAGUCUGUCUGCAAAAGGAGUUUCUAUUUUGGUUGACCUGCUAUGUUCGGAAAAGACAGCGACUCUUGUGUUAAUAGGGAAGCUAUUGGCUAGUUUGGCUCACACAAGAGCAGGUAUUCCAGAAGCAAUUACAUGCUUAGGAACUGUCCAGCGUCUUUGUUAUCAUUUAUACGCAAAGGAAGAAGAGGUUCGUACAUCUAUGGCAUGUGCUCUGGGAUAUUUAACAUUCAACCGAACUGCAUAUCGCCAUUUGCUAGUACAAUGUAGGAAUAAGCCCAAGUUGUUCAAGAGGCUAAUACUGAACCUUAGCAAGGAUGCAAGGAUAAAUUCAGACUUUGUGAGAGAAUUUAAGAGGCAAAAAAGAGUUGGGCUUCCAGCUCUCAGUUUGGAGAUAAACGGAGGGCCACCUGCAGUUCCCAUACACAUACGAGACAAGUCACAGACUAGUGGCGUCAAGAUAUACAAAACAAAGUGUCGUCCAAAGGAUUCCCUCUUCUUGGUGCCCACGGCGACUCACCUAAUGGGAAGGUUCAAAACACCGGAAAAGCCCCGCGUCCCAGUAUCCGGCCACAUUCCCUUUCCACACGCCACGACAUCGGACCUCAUUCAAGUUUCGAGACCGAGAAUUGUCGAUGUCUCCGCACUCCUCAGCAACUUGUCGGGAAAGAAAGCUUGACUUUAGUGCCUGCACUGGGGCAGCAACAAAAACAGUAAUGUCUCUGCUAAUACUUUUCAGAUAAUUAGGGUAAAUAUUACUGCUCUGUCCGUAACAGAUUUGCACAAUGAAAGUUUGUCUGUUAAUAAUGCAAAAAAAAUAAAAUAAUUGCUGCUGUGGUAGAGAAUAAAAAGGCUGGCAAUU